GUGGAUUUUCGUGGAAAGUGCCGAACUGAUUCCAGCUGCCAGGAAGUUCUGACACAAACCUGCCAAGCAAGACUGUGUGAACUUCACUCAAGAAGACACUUGUUUAAUCACUAAAUCAGAGGACAGCAGCUGUGUGAGACACGCUGAGGAGGAAUGCUGUUUUUACUGGGAAGACGUUUAUUUAACCGCGGAACGCACGUGAAGACAGCCAUGACUGCGACUCAGCCCUACUGCUCAUCUGUGAUCUCUGGGAGGCAGCAUGUUAACGGAGUAGAUCUGUACUAUGAACAAACUGGCAGAGGGAAACAUGCUGUGUUGCUGCUUCCUGGUGCUCUGGGAAGCUCAAGGACCGAUUUUGGUCCUCAGCUGAAAUCUCUGAACAAGGAACUCUUCACCAUCGUCGGCUGGGAUCCCCGCGGUUAUGGACGAUCCCGUCCCCCUGACCGAGACUUCCCACCUGACUUCUUCGAGAGGGAUGCGAAGGAUGCAGUGGAUCUGAUGAAGAUGUUGGGCUUUGGCAAGUUUUCUCUGCUGGGUUGGAGUGAUGGAGGAAUCACUGCACUGAUCGCAGCUGCAAGGAAUCCCGACCUGAUCAAUAAGAUGGUCGUUUGGGGGUCUAAUGCUUUUGUUUCCCAAGACGAUCUCAAGCUUUACAGCAUGGUCCGCGAUGUCUCCAAGUGGAGUGCAAGGAUGAGGCAGCCCAUGGAGGAAGUGUACGGAGCAGAAGUCUUUGCUCGAACAUGGGAAGGCUGGGUGGACGGAAUUGCACAGUUUGCUCAGCGACCAGAAGGGAGUAUCUGCAUGGAGCUUCUACCCCUGAUCAGCUGUCCAACCCUCAUCAUCCACGGAGAGAAAGACCCCAUGGUGCCCAGCUUCCACCCUCAAUACCUCCUCAAACACAUAAAAAAAUCACGGUUGCAUUUAAUGCCAGAAGGAAAACACAACCUCCACCUGAGGUAUGCCGAGGAGUUCAACAAACUAGUUGAAGAUUUUCUGGAAGAGUGAAACAACCAAAAGAUCAUGUUGUUACAAAGAACCAGAGCUGGUGUCGAUUAAACGAGGAAAUCAUCAGUCUUUUGUAAAUCUUUAUGUAGAAGAAUGUGAAUUGUCUUUAAUUUGAAUUUCAUAUCAAAUAAAAAUAGAAACGUCA